AAUUAUCCAACAGGAUAUAUUACACGCGUAAUUUACCAGCAAACUCGUUUCGUCGAGUGGGCGAUGGUCAAUCGAUAUCUGAAAGGACCUGAACGAAAUUCACGUGUUAACCGUCAUUUGCAUUUUACCUUUUUGAAAUUUAACCGGUGUGAAAUUUCACUGAAAAAAAUACAGCAAAAUAGUACCUUGGAAUCAGAAUCACUAGACAACCAAAUAUGAAUAAUCAACCCAGUAGGAAACAGUUAGGUCAGUCCCCCAUAAAUCUGGAUGAAGAGAAUGUCAUCGGGAUCCAGCUCCCACCGUUAAUCAUGAGCGGACAUUGGAGCCAAGAUGGCUACACCACGCUCGUUAACACGGGAUCAACUGCACGUAUCACCCUUGGGGGUGAGAGAAUUCCAGCAACCAUUCGCGGCGGGCCUUUCGGAGGCGACGUAUAUCAACUCGACGAAGUCACAUUUCGUUGGGGUUCGGCGGACUGCAUGGGAGCUGAGCACACGUUAAACGGCACGUGGUUCACAAUGGAAGCCCAAGCCCUUCACUGGAAUUUGCGAUAUGGUGCUUUGGAGAAGUGUUGGGACAAGCGAGAUGGCCUUGCCAUUUGUGCCUAUUUUCUUCAGGUUUAUCAGCUACCAGCCUGGGAGGAGAAUCCCCUCUUCAGCAAAAUCACUGACAACUUGGACAAGGUCAUUCAGCCCGGAAUAUCCGCGAAGAUAACUCCAAAUUCGUUGUGCUGGAUGAGGCAGGCCUGCCAGACACCGGGAUACUACACGUAUCAAGGCUCGAUCACAACGUCUCCGUAUCACGAGUGCGUCACUUGGAUAAUUUUUCCGGAACCUGUAAGGAUAUCGGAACAUCAGGCAAGGAUGUUCCGUAGUUUACGGAAUAAAUAUGGCAGCUGCAUACGCGAAAACCAUCGGCCCGUUCAACACCUCAACGGACGAACAGUUUACUAUGCUAGUUGAUAUGGAACAGGCUAUUCCACUACAGAAAAAUAAAUUAGGCCUUGAUUAGUUUCUUCUGAGCACUAAAUGUUAGCCGACCACGGGAAGUUAAUCAUCGACUUAUUGCCAGUGUAAUUAUACCUUGGAAGAUCGCGGGAACACACAUACGAUCUGAAAUUUUGCAAAGAGUUCAAAAAUAUGUAGCGGUUGUGUAAUCGGCGGUUGUUUGACCUCAUAUAAUUCACUGCGAUUGAGGUGAAAUUUUUUCGUGUUACGAACUGGAGCAAAUACAUUUUAUUACACUUCUACCUCCAUCAGAAUAAUUCACUUGAUACAAUGGUUAAGAUAAUAUUGAUAAAAACAGCAAUUACGUAUGUAUGGUGGAUUUUUUAUUCUCAACCUUCGUACGUACGUUUAACCUAACUGUUUUGGUCUAUGGAUACGUGAAUGUGAGUCGGAAAUCGAAGGUCCUCGCAUGACUUACAUUCAUUCAAUAAUGAUGCCUGAUUGCGGUUUUUGCAAAUACUUUCUGAACGACUGUAAUCAAUGAAUUA